AGGUCAGGGAGUGGUUACAGGCGGGUCACACAAGCUGACGAUAUACGCGCGCUUCCCACUUGCCCCGGAAGUGCUUGGAGCACAGCGCAGCUGGGCGCUAAGAUGGCCGCGGCGUGAGUUGCAUGUUGUACGAGGAUCCCGGGCUGCCGCAUUGCUCCGGCCCCGCCAUGGCUGUCACCAUCACACUUAAAACGUUGCAGCAGCAGACCUUCAAGAUACGCAUGGAGCCUGAGGAGACGGUGAGGGCACUGAAGGAGAAGAUAGAAGCUGAGAAGGGCAGAGACGCUUUCCCUGUGGCUGGACAGAAACUCAUCUAUGCUGGCAAGAUCUUGAGUGAUGAUGUCCCCAUCAAGGAAUACCAUAUAGAUGAGAAGAACUUUGUGGUUGUCAUGGUGACCAAGGCCAAGGCUGGCCAAGGUACUCCAGCACCCCCAGAGGUCUCACCCACUGCUGCCCCGGAGUCCUCUACACCCUUCCCUCCAGCUCCGGCAUCAGGCAUGUCCCAUCCUCCACCUACCAGCAGAGAGGACAAGAGCCCAUCAGAGGAUUCAGCCACCCCAACAUCUCCAGAGUCCAUUUCUGGCUCUGUUCCCUCUUCAGGUAGCAGCGGGCGAGAGGAAGACGCAGCUUCCACAUUAGUGACUGGCUCUGAGUAUGAGACGAUGCUGACUGAGAUCAUGUCCAUGGGCUACGAGCGGGAGCGGGUUGUGGCCGCAUUGAGGGCCAGCUACAACAACCCCCACAGAGCUGUGGAGUACUUGCUCACGGGAAUUCCCGGAAGCCCCGAACUAGAACAUGGUUCUGUCCAGGAGAGCCAGGUACCCGAACAGCCGGCCACAGAAGCAGCAGGGGAAAACCCCCUGGAGUUCCUGCGGGACCAGCCCCAGUUCCAGAACAUGCGGCAAGUGAUUCAGCAGAACCCAGCGCUGCUCCCUGCACUCCUCCAGCAGCUGGGCCAGGAGAACCCUCAGCUCUUACAGGUGCGGCCCAGGCAAAUUAGCCGUCACCAGGAGCAGUUCAUCCAGAUGUUGAAUGAGCCCCCUGGAGAGCUGGCGGACAUCUCUGAUGUAGAGGGGGAGGUUGGUGCCAUAGGUGAGGAGGCCCCACAGAUGAACUAUAUCCAGGUGACACCACAGGAAAAGGAAGCUAUAGAAAGGCUGAAGGCGCUGGGCUUUCCAGAGAGCCUGGUGAUCCAGGCCUACUUCGCGUGUGAAAAAAAUGAGAACUUGGCUGCCAACUUCCUCCUGAGUCAGAACUUUGAUGAUGAGUGAUGCUGGGAGGCUAGAAUGCCCCCACCCCACUCCACAAAAGUUUUAUAAAAGAAGAAAGUGUGUGUGUAUGUGUGUAUAUAUA